AUAUAUUCUAUCGGGGUGUCCUUUUUUUAUAAAACAAUUGUAGAUAUGAAUGUAUAUAUUAAUACCUGUGAUUUCCUUGGUGUCACGCCUCUUGAAUACUUGCGGUCCCACUUGUAUUUAAUUACUUGAUUAUAGAUGUUUUGUUGACUCAAAAGUUUUUGUUUCUGCACGACUUUUAUUUAACGUUAUGACUUUUAAUUACCGAUGACACGUUUCAUGUGUUCAUGCAUUGUUUAGUGUGUGUUUUUCAAAAGCAGGGUAUAGCUAACGUCUAUAAAUAGUUUGACCCGGUGACAUUUGAACAUCUCCCACUGGUGAAGCCUUUAAAGCUGCACGGGUCUUCUUCUUCUUUCCUCCCUCCUCUUCUUUAAACAAUGAAUCAAAUAAUUGUAGUAUUUUUGUUGCAGCCUGUCACGCUCGCCGCUCUCCACACUACGUUAGCUAGUGAGGAAAAGACGACGCUGGCCCUUUAAAUCCAACAUCUGGAGAAACAACACGCCUGAUUCGCCCUUAGAGGAGCAGCUGGACCUCCGUUGUCCCGACGACGGCCAUGUUCACUUAUUAUUAUUAUUAAUUAUUAUUAUCAUCAGAAUAACGUAGCGCUCUUAAUGACGUCAUAAUUUUGGGAAAUGGUCAAUAAUGCAGAGUUUAGAUGAGAGCAUUGGACAGUUUCUUCUCUCUCUCUCUCUCUGAAUACCUCAGGCCUCUAAGUCCAGAUUUAGACCUCAGUCUUCCCCCAGUCAUUCACACCCUGGUGCUGCACACCUCCUUCUCUCCUUCUCUCUCUCUCUCUCUCUCUCUCUCUCCAUACCUCGCCCUUCCUCUCUGGGCCUGUCAGUCCGUCAUGGUGGGAGCUGCUGACGGAGGUCCCGGUUGGGGUCUGUAGUCCGGGUUCUGGUUCCUCUCUGCUCGCCCCCCCAGACCAUGGAGCCUCUUGCAGAGGUCCCGUUAUUUGAGAUGGACCAGGAGGAGGAGGAGGAGGAUGCUGUGUCGGCCCCUGCUGCAGCGCCCCCUGCUGGCCCCGACCCCGACCCCUUCAUCUACAUGAACUUCAUGAAGAGCCACUGCUGCGCCGACGCCAUGCCCACCAGCUCCAAGCUGGUCAUCUUCGACACCACGCUGCAGGUGAAGAAGGCGUUCUUCGCCCUGGUGGCUAACGGGGUGAGGGCCGCUCCGCUGUGGGACGCCAAGCUGAAGUGUUUUGUGGGUAUGCUGACCAUCACUGACUUCAUCAACAUUCUCCAUCGUUACUACAAGUCUCCUCUGGUUCAGAUCUACGAGCUGGAAGAGCACAAGAUCGAGACGUGGAGAGAGAUCUAUCUCCAGUACUCCAUCAACAGACUGAUCAGCAUCACUCCUGACUGCAGUCUGUUUGACGCCAUCUACUCCUUGUUGAAGAAUAAGAUUCACCGGCUGCCGGUCAUCGACCCGGCGUCGGGGAACGUCCUCCACAUCCUGACUCACAAGCGCAUCCUCAAGUUCCUGCACAUCUUCGGAUCCACGAUUCCUAAACCCAGGUUCCUCCAGAAGCGCAUCAACGAGGCAGGGAUCGGCACCUUCAAACAGAUCGCCACGGUCCAGGAGUCGGCGUCCGUCUUCGACGCUCUGACCGUCUUCGUCGCGCGGCGAGUGUCCGCUCUGCCCGUCGUCGACGAGAGAGGGAAAGUCGUGGCACUGUACUCCAGGUUUGAUGUCAUCAAUUUAGCGGCCCAGAAAAACUACAACAACCUGAACAUGACGAUGCGGGAGGCCGUUUCCUCCCGAGCCUACUGCAUGGAGGGGGUCCUCAAGUGUUACCCCUACGAAACUCUGGAGACCAUCAUCGACCGCAUUGCCAAGGCGGAGGUGCAUCGCUUGGUUUUGGUGGACGGCGACGACGUGGUGAGAGGCAUCGUGUCUCUGUCCGACCUCCUCCAGGCCUUGGUGCUCACUCCUGCAGAUAUUUACGAGGGAUCGUGCGGUGGAGAAUGAAGAUGGAUCGCCAUCGACGAGACGAUGACGUCUGAAAAGUGGCGGCUGGUUUUUCAAUCGCGGUCCGGGAGACGAAUAAAUGGAACGAGAAAGUGAAAAUCGACCUCCACUGAUGUGCCCUUGGGCAAGGCACUUCAAACACCAAGUAGAAGACUGGUGGUGCUGGGAAGCUACCAGUGUGGAACUACAUCACCGGUCAUGGCUUCAAACUGGUGAACCACACCCAGAGACUUCAUACACCCAGACUUUAUAUACCUUUGGUGAACGCGUUAUAUAUAUUUUUGUUUUGUUGUUGUUUGCACGUUCUUAUCACGACCCAUGUUCCCAUGUCUUGUGACCCAGGCACCUCUAGAACCGCGGGAGUCACGUGACUCGGUAGAAAGAGCAUCAGAGGCGGCGUAGAGAAGGUCUGGGUAUUUUAUAUUUAUUUUCAAGAGUGUUUUUCCGCCAAGUCCCGCCCCUACUGUGCUGUGAUUGGAUAAUACUCCUCUGAUGCGUGCGUUACAGAAUAUGAUCAAAAACAAAGCUGAGACUCAAGUUUUCUGAGCCAAUCACAGCACAGUAGCCAAUCGCAGCACAAUAGCCAAUCACAACACAGUAGCCAAUCGCAACACAGUAGCCAAUCGCAGCACAGUAGCCAAUCACAGCACAGUAGCCAAUCACAGCACAGUAGCCAAUCACAACACAGUAGCCAAUCACAGCACAGUAGCCAAUCACAGCACAGUAGGGGCGGGGCUAGACGGAGCACUCUUGGGAAGGGAAAAAUAAAUAAAUGGUAAAGAUGUUUAAUGUGUGUAUUUGACUUUCUGGUCAUAAUAAAUGUUGCUGUCGUUCACACAACGAUGUAAUGACGACACCUUUA